GGAUAUUCACUCAAGCAGGUGCAGAUAUGGUCGACUUUCACAUUUCUCAGAUUUUUCAAGCUCUUGGCUCCCAAGAUAAUUACCUAAGGAUCCAGAACGAUACUCUAGAUGGGGUCGAGAAUUCAGUGGAUGUUGCAACAAAAGAGAACUUGCAUAAACUUGUCACAAUUGCUCAAGAAAUGCUGGCUAAACCGGUUUCCCGGGUCGACUUGAGAUCCGGUCUAACUGUGCCGCUCCCAGAUGGUGGAACCAAUCAGGAAGCUCUUAAAAGGUUUGCGUAUUUAUUGUCGAAUGAACGAAAAGUUCGGGUGUGGAAGAAUAACGUUGAAAAGAAGAGAGCAAUUCCAUUUGGUGGGUGUGAGGCACUCCAACAUUCAUGGAACACUUUGGUUGAUUUUGCACGUGCAGUGUCGGAUGAAACCAAAGUUGUAUUUUCGAAGCAUGCUCAAAUUCUGAGACCAGGCUCCCAAUUUAGGAUCAACCCAACGCCCAUCGAAAAGUGGAAUGGAGGAUUUAGUUCGGUCCAAAAGAAGCUUAUAAUGAAAUCAACAUUUGCUCCCUCUCCUAUUUUCACUCCUCAUUUCAAACUAUUCUGCAACUCAUCCUUAUCUUCAUGGUGAUUCCUGAAAAUGUUUUUAUUCUUUUAUUUGAUUUUGUAUUCGAAGAAAAUUGCAUUGUAUUUGUUAUUAGAAGCGCUUGCGUAUUGAAGAUACAAUUAAUUAAUUAAAGACUAUCGUUGAGAUGACCUUCAAACUAGUAAUAUAUUCAUUCAAGAAUUAGAGGAA